CCUCAUGACCCAAGACUCUUGACUCGCCUUCCUUUCAUCCACGAUUGAUGCUUGUGCUUGUGACAUCGUCAUCAUGCGAGUCGCAUCAUGAUCGCAUAGCUCACAUGUACGCAUUCUGCUCGUCCUCAACACUUGCCCUCCCUCAAUCCUUGCACACUUCGUCAUGUCCGUCUCUGCACGGAGCAGCGCCGUGCCCCGCUCCAUCCUCUCAGCAUGCCACGCUCGCCUGCUGCCAUCAUCUCCGCCACGCCGUCGCGAGCUUGAACAGCGCUGCGCUUGUCUCGCUAUCAGGACCGCUGCGACGACGGCACGGCAGCAUGCCCAAGCAGCUCCACAAAUCAAGUACAAGCAGCUACCACCAGCCCAACCCGCGUGGUCAUGGAAUGAUGACGACUUGCGAGAUGGUAUUCGCAAUGCUCGGCAGAGGAGAGCAGCAUUGAACACAGAGGAUCAAGAUCGCCUGGUGGAGCUCAAACAGCGACUUGUAGAUGUCAACCAGCGUCUGGCUGCUGCGAGGGAUGCGCAAAAGUCGUCGAGCCAGCGCACAAAAGCAGAUCAGGUGGACGGUCUGUCUGAUCAGAGCAGCACAGCGACGGCCACUCAGAAGGAAGCAAAGGCAGACUACCAGAGGCUGUUGAAAGAGCAAGAAGCUGUGACGGCAGAGGCGCGGAUGCUUCGGCUCAAGCUGCCCAAUCGGACCGCUGCUCACGUGCUGGAACAGUUGGGCGUUGCUGGAGAUGGAGAUCUGGACGUGGAGGUGUCACCAAAAGCAUUCAGAUAUGGCGGCGACAUUGCAAGCGUUCCCGGGCCGGACUUGCAUGGCGCAGGCAAAGCCAUGCCUGAAUACGAUCACGUCAACCUUUUGCACCAGCAUUCUCCUGGCUCUCUGCUGCACCCGUCCGCCUUGCCCCAGCAGGUCGCUGCUUCGGGCUUCCCGCAUCUCGGCUCUCAUCUCGCCAUCCUCUCUCACGCCAUCGAACGCCUCUCUCUCAGCAUUGCCAUUGCAGAAGGUGCCCGGCUGCGCGUCGUCCCAGACGUGAUCCCAACAGAGUUGCUAGAGCGCAGCGGCUUUGCGCCUCGGCAAGCCGAUGCCGCGCAGAUAUACACCCUAGCGGCCGCUGGCGAGGCGUUGCCGUUGGCCUUGGCUGCCACAGCGGAGCUGCCUUUGCUUGGUCUCCAUGCGGCCAGGCAGUACUCCACCAAGCAGCUGCCAAUCUUCGAAGUGGCUUCUGGACACGCUUUCCGAGCCGAAGCUGGCUCUCGAGGCAAAGCGACGAGGGGACUUUUUCGAGUGCAUCAGUUCUCAAAAGCCGAGCUGUUUGUCGUGUGCACGCCGGAUCACAGCGAAGCUUGGUUGGACAGGCUGCUAGCUGUUCAGCUACGCGUCCUAGAUGCACUACAAUUGACGUGGAGGGCGCUUCACAUGCCGCCACACGAGCUGGGUGCGAGCGCAUAUCAGAAGAUCGACGUCGAAGUAUACAUGCGAGGCAGAGGAGAUUGGGGCGAGGUUUGCUCCGCAUCCAAUUGCACCGACUAUCAGGCUCGCCGUCUGUCCAUCAAAUACAAAUCAGCUGCAGCCGAUGCUAGCUCUCCGGAGUAUGCUCAUACGCUCAACGCUACUGCAGCUGCCAUACCACGUCUACUCGUGGCCCUCGUCGAGCAGCAUGGCUUCCGAGAUGGCAAGAUGCUGCUUCCAAGCGCAUUGAAGGAGCAUUGGCUUGGCGACCAGGAUGAGGUGCACUGGCUUGCGGAUGCGGAGACGACAAGUGCCUCCGGAGUCGCCAAUCGCUCUGUGGACGCACCCCAGAGUGUCCCAGGAUCUGUUCGUACAUUCUCCACGAAGGUGCCCCAGAAAGGCACGGCUUCUCCGCCUCCCCCACCGCCAUCCUCGUCCUCGCCUUCGUCCCCUUCUUCGCCUUCGCAGCCGGCCAGCUCGAUCCUUGCUCGAAGCAUAGCUCGCGUCCGCGAGGCUGCAGCAAGAAGCGGGACAGACCCAGGCAGCAUGGUCAUCAGCUUUUUGAUCCUACACGAGCUUAGCGCAAUCAUACCUCUGUUGAUCAUCUUUUGGAUCCUCGCCUUCUUUGGGGCAGGAAAGACGGUCCUUGAUUGGCUCUUACCAGCCAACGCAGUGGAGGCGAGCGUUGUAGAAGACGCCGGCCCCGCUUCAAAUGGAAUACGAGACCGUCUUCGCGCUUGGGUCGAUGACGGGACACGCUGGGCAGAAAAAAUUGGGCGCAAGAAAGGCUGGUUCGGCUUUGAAAAGGGCAGCGAGGCAACAGGGGAAGGUGUGGAUGGUGCAAUCCUCGUUGGAGGAUUCGCAAAUGCCGUGGCAGCCUACGCGGUCGUCAAGGCGAUCGUCCCUCUACGUAUUGCGGCGUGUAUAUGGCUUGCCGGUCCCUUUGCAAGGCUGACCAUAGAGCCGCUCAAGCGACUUGGUAGGCAGUUGGGAACCAAAGCUGGCUCACGCAGAUGAAACGAUAUGCUUGAGCUGACGAGUCAAGAUUGUUGGUAAGAGGGACAAUGUUGGUCUUCCCACAAGCGGUUUGAGAGACGCGCAGUGAUGCAUUUGUAAUCCUUUGCCACUGGUCCGGCGAGCACUUCCUACCAAUUCAUACCUCCGUCAAGUGCCA